AUGGCAUGUCCUUUUCUGCAGAGCACCCUCGCGGUGCCGCCCCGGCCGAUCUCGGUCGAGCAAGAAUUCGCCAACAUCCGCGAACAAUACCCUUCGUUGGCUUCGACAGGAUGCACGCCAAAAUUCUGUCAAUCUGGUCGCAUGACGCACAUGGACGAGGAUCGUGUUGGCCGAAAUCAGUCUUAUGCCCAAGUCCGCGAAGAUGCCCUCGACUUCCUGCAGCAGAUGUACAAGGAUGGGCUCCUGACGAUGGAGCAACUCCACCACCGCGCACAUGAGGCUCUUCAGGAGAUUCAGAAGAACUCAACGGAGGGCAGGUUCACAUCCGCGUCUUGUGGACCAGAAGCACCACCCACAACGACAGAUGGUCUUGUUGGCGGUCUCUGGACGCAGACAUUCGAAGAGCUCGAGUUUGGUCUUCGGACGGCAUGGAAACACGCACGAAAGUGCAUCAUGAGGUCCGAAUACAGAAACCUGAGGACCAGCAAGAAGAUGGCCGAGACUUUGAUUGAGAAUCUCAAAGUUGCCUACAACUCUGGCGAAAUCAACCCUACAGUCUUCGUCUUUCCUCCGAGGGAUAUUGACAGCCGUGGUCCGAUGAUCUGGAAUUCCCAACUGCUGUCAUUUGCAGGAUAUCAACAAUCCAAUGGUGAAAUCCUUGGAGACCCCGCCAACAUCGAGUUGACAAACGCCAUCAUCGAAUUGGGCUGGACACCGCCGCGAUUCCGCUCACAAUGGGAUCUCCUGCCUCUUGUCACCAUGGCCGAAGGCCAAGAACCCGUCAUCACCGAGCUGCCCAAGGACGCUUUCCCGCUCGUGCAGAUCCGCCAUCCUAAGCAUCCCGGGCUCGAGACCCUUGGCCUGCGUUGGGUUCCCGCGCCAGCACUGAGCCGUCUUGGCUUCAGCAUUGGCGGCGUUCAGUAUACCGCAGCGCCCUUCAUCGGGUGGUUCAUGGAUGCCGAGAUUGGCGUUCGUAACCUGGCAGAUUCCUUCCGCUACAACGCACUUCCCCAGAUUGCCAAGGCGAUUGGCUUGGUCGACGGGGAUGUUGACGACUUGCCAGACUAUGAACGUCUAGCUGUCUUGUCCCGCGCGCAGCUCGAGCUCAACUACGCCACGUACUGGUCCUUCGCUCAGGCAGGCGUCAGAAUGUCAGAUUCUCUCGGCGCAGCAGAACAAUUCACCCAAUUCGACGACGAGCAUCUCAUGAACAACGGCUUCCGCCUCCCCUCAGACCCGUACUGGCUCGCUCCUCCGCAAGGCUCCAUCAUUCCUCUCUGGCAUCGCGGCGGUUCCCCAAACUACCAGCCAAAGCCGCUCAUCUGCCGCCACGUCCAGGAUCCCAUCAAGGCCUGGCGCCGGGAGCGACAAGCCCCUCGCACACGGCCGCAUCUCGCCUCGGACACGAAGCUCAACAUCUCAAUCCCGGUGCCGUCGAUUUCCCUCACGCGACCAGUAACGCCAGUAUCCCCCUUCGGCACCGCGUUCCUACCCGUGCCCCCUCCUGUCAGACCCCUAACGCCCCUGACACCGUUGUCUCCUCGAGGGCCCGGGCGCAGGAUCUACAUCGGAUUCUGCAGCUCGGGCAACGUCGCGAUCAAGCUGUGUAAGAGGCUGUGCGCGCAGCUGCAGCACGCGUGCGAGGUCAACCCCAAGCUAGGCACCGUCGUGCCACCGUGCACACUCAACGCCCUGCCCAUCUCUAUGAUCGAGUCUGAUGACGUAUUGGUCAUCGUCGCCAGCACGACUGGCCGAGGAGAGAUUCCCCAGAAUGGCAAGGCAUUUGCAGAUGCACUCGCGAGGAACAAGGGCUUGUCGUGUCGGUAUGCCAUCUUAGCGAAUGGCUCGCUGGAGUACCCGGACACGUAUAACCAGGCAGCCAUGGACCUUGAGGAGUUGCUGAGCAAGGGCGACGCUCAGCGGCUCAUCGGUAUGCGUGAGGCCGACACCGGAGCUGAGAACCCGCCCUGGUCGAUUCUUGGGCAGUUCUUCGAUCAGUGCCUUGCCGCGCUGCAGAAGGCUAGCCCGGAGGAUCCGGAAGAAAGCUCUUUACAGCGAGUUACCCGACCUGCCCGGCCGUUUGACACUAGGCCGUGGUUUCAAGCCAAGGUCGUGGGCCAACCCGUCACGGGGGCUGCAGCGGAUGGCAUGAAGAGGGUCACCCUUGACUUGGGCGAUCGCGAAUACCCUACCAUGGGUAGUCUUUGGAUCCUUCCUCCCAACUCCAAGACCAAAGUCUCUCGUGUUCUCGAAGCCCUAGGUCUUCGGUCUGAUGAAAUCUUAACUCUCCCCGGCGAGCCUACGGUCGGGGAUUACCUGCAGCGCUUCGCAGACUUGGAACAGCCUUUCAAGUCUGCUACGUGGGCAGAAGGUCUUUCCAUCACGGGCCUGGAGAGCUUGACAAAGCUUCCGAUCGAAGAUUCUGUGCAUCUGGUUCCUUCAUAUUGGAGGCAGACAGUGACUCUCGACGCCCUUUGCAGUGCAAUGCCCACAAUCCAGCCGAGGGAGUACUCGAUCGCCUCCGACGGAUCGCGAACCAAGUGUGCAGAGGGCAAUACCCUUGAUCUCCUCGUGCAGCACCAUGCUAACGGAAGAUUCUCCGACCGGUACCUCAACUGCUUCGAGGCCUUCGGAGCCGUGACCUGCAAGAUUCGCCCUUCAGCUCACCUGGAAGAAAUUGCGCGCAACCAAGAUCUGCCAACCAUUAUCUUCACCACCGGAUCCGGGAUGGCGCCAGUGAGGGGCCUCCUGCAGAACCGCCUGCAGCGGUUGCAAUCCUCGCCGGCGCUGAAGAGCCCUACCAUCAGUCUCUUUGCGGGCUUCAAAGCCUCCGAUGAGACUCUCGUACGUGAGGCGGUGCAAGAAGCCGAUGAAGAGGGGCUUUUCGACGUGCUGAGACUGAUUGGAAGUAACAAGGGGAAGAAGAGAGCUCAAGAUGCGAUGCUUGAGCCGGGUGUGCGGGAGCAACUGAAGAAGAGUGUCGAGAACGGGGCGUUGGUGUUUGCGUGCGCGAGACCGAAAGCCGUUGAUGAUUUCUUGGGUAACUUGAGCGAGGUGUUGGGGCGUGAUGCUAGGGAGGCGCUGGGGGAUCGAUUCGUUGCUGAUGUUUACCAGCCUGCUAUUUGA